AUGGAAGUGGGGGCGGAUGACGGGCACGAGGAGUCGCGGUCCGGCCCCCUCCGCGAAACAAAUGAGGAGAGGGAGAGAGGGAGACUGCUGAGGGAGAAGGUGGACAGGGACCGGAAGGACGGUUAUGUCCCUCCAGCCUACAGACCCUUCUUCGGAGAAAGGACCAUUCCCCUCCCUGACCAGUGGGAGCAGGCAGAAACGGCCAAGGCCACCAGGGGCAGAGGUGGCCGCGUGGAGACGCGGGGGCUGGGACAAGCAUCACGCCAGAGGGCGGCAACUGGUGCCCUGGUGCUGGAGGUCUCGGGUCCCGAGGGACAAGUUAAGGCCGAGAGCUUGGCCGCCAAGAUAAGGACCCUCUUCGCCGAAGAGGAAGGCGUGCGCAUUGCGCGACCGGCGAAGAGAGCCGAACUCCGGGUCCGUGACCUGGACGACGCUGUCACGACGGAGGAUGUCGUCGCCGCCGUGGCGUCGUUUGGGGGGUGCGGGCCCGAAGAUAUAAGGGCGGGGGCGAUCCGUGCCAAGGCCAACGGGCUGAGUACAAUGUGCAGUGCCCGUUGGCCUCGGCGAAGAGGGUAUUGGACGGUGGCCGCCUUCGUGUAG